AUGGUAUUGAAGGCUAAGAGCAGUGACACAGAUAAGUCUUUUGACGAUGAAGAUUCUAAUAUAAAAUCCUACAUUAUAAGGCAAUUCAAAAAGUUUAUGAAGAAUGUCAAUGCUAAAGGAUUUGAUAAAGACUAUAAACAGUCCAGUUCCUCUCAGUUCAAGAGCCAAGACAACGGGAAGAAGAAUGCUAGGGAUGACAGUCAGUACACUGUUCCCCUAGGACCAAAGUGCUUUGGGUGUCAUGGCUUCGAACACAUGAAACAGGAGUGCCUAACUUAUCUCAAGACCGUUGGGAAAAGCAAGGCCCUUGUUGCUACCUUGAGUGACACCAAGCCCAAGGAUGAUUCCGAUAAUGAGGAUGAUGGAAUCCUAAAUGCUUUCACUGCCACUGUAAAUCCUACUGAAGUGAUUGUUGAAGAAGUGGAUGAAAAAGAAGACUUGGUGGAGUCUAAUCGUGGGUCACAUAUUGUCAAGUUUACAUCUAUUGCUUCGGAUCAUUCUCCUCUUUUGAUCAAUUUGUCAGGGUUGCCUGAACCUAGGAAGAAGAGAUGUUUUAGGUUUGAAGAAAUGUGGUUAUCGGAUCCAACUUGUGGUGAAACGGUCAAGGAAGUUUGGGGUAAUACAAGGGAGCCGAACCUAAGCAUAGCCAUUCUGAAAAAAGUGGCUAAAUGUGAACAAGAGUUAACAUGGUGGAAUAAGCACAACUUUGGGCACGUGAGAAGGGAGUUAGAGAUUAAGAAGAAACAACUUGUAUUGGCUGAGAAUGAGGCUAUGGUGAGUGGGAAUAAUACUCGGGUAAGAAGUCUGAGAGAGGAGAUUAACUGUCUACAAGAUCGGGAAUCAAGGAUGUGGUGUCAAAGAUCAAGAGUGUUGUGGUUAAGCAAAGGGGACAACAACACAGCUUUUUUCCACAGCAAGGCUACAAAGAGAUUUAGAAAGAAUCUAAUCAGAGGGAUAAGAGAUCGAAAUGGAGCCUGGUUGACCGACCAAGAGGAAAUAGGGCAUGUGAUGGAAAGUUACUACAAAGACCUUUUCUCCACCUCCAAUCCGAUCCUUGUAGUUGAAACUCUAGAGAAAAUCCCAUGCAGGGUGACUAAUGAGAUGAAUGCGGAACUGAUGAAGGAAUUUACAGAAUUGGAAGUCAAGGAAGCCUUGAAUCAGAUGGCUCCCCUAAAGGCUCCGGGUCCGGAUGGUAUGCCUCCGUUGUUUUACCAACAUUUUUGGGCGAUGAUGCAGCAUGAUGUUAUUUCAGCCAUACUCUCAUGGUUGAAUUCAGGUACCCUACCCGAACCAAUUAACCAUACUCUCAUUACUCUCAUUCCUAAAAUUGCUAAUCCUGAACACGUGUCUGAGUUUCGUCCCAUUAGUCUUUGUAAUGUCCUCUACAAGAUUUAUUCUAAGGUCUUAGCAAAUAGAUUGAAAAAAUUUUUACCUCUCUUAAUUACUGAACAUCAAUCUGCCUUUGCUAAGGAAAGACUUAUUUCAGACAAUAUUAUGGUUGCUUUUGAGACCCUUCACCAUAUGAAGCAACAUAAUUCAGGGAAGCAUGGGUUUAUGGCUAUCAAAUUAGACAUGAGUAAAGCCUAUGAUCGGGUGGAAUGGGUGUAUCUGGAGAGGCUUUUGGAAAAAUUGGGUUUCUGUGAUAGAUGGGUAGCUCUUAUGAUGAGUUGCGUGAAAUCUGUGUCGUAUUCUAUCAUGGUGAAUGGUGAGCCAACUGGGAUGAUCUAUCCAAAGAGAGGAAUUAGACAAGGAGACCCACUAUCUCCUUUCCUUUUCCUUUUAUGUACGGAAGGUCUUCAUGCUCUCAUAAAACACUCGGCGAGGAAUGGGGAUAUUAAGGGUUUUUCCUUGUGCAAACGAGGCCCAAAGCUAACCCACUUAUUUUUUGCAGAUGAUAGCUUGCUUUUCUGUAGGUCAAUUCCUGAGGAUUGUCAUAAUGUGCUAAAGAUUUUGAGUGAAUAUGAGGCUUGGUCAGGGCAAAAAAUUAACAAAGAGAAGACCGCAAUUUUCUUUAGCAAAUCUACCACGGAUGAAGCAAAAUCAAGCAUAAAGAACCUCUUCCAAGUCCAAGAAGUGAAGUCCUAUGAGAAAUAUUUGGGGCUCCCCUCUUUUGUUGGGAGGGGAAAAAAGGCUAGCUUCAACUACAUAAAAGAAAGAGUUUGGAGGAAACUUCAAGGAUGGGAGGGUAAAUUGUUAUCUCAAGCAGGGAGAGAGGUCUUAAUCAAAGCUGUGAUCCAAGCUAUCCCAACUUAUUCCAUGGGAUGCUUUAAAUUGCCAUUGGGGCUCUGUGACGAUAUUGAAGCAAUGAUUAAGAAGUUUUGGUGGGGGCAAAGAGGAAAUAGGAGAAAAAUUCACUGGAUCCGGUGGAGCGAAUUGACUAAAUCCAAAAUGGUGGGUGGAAUGGGUUUUCGCGACUUGGCUCAUUUUAAUGAUGCCCUUUUGGCGAAACAAGCGUGGCGGCUUUUGCACAACAAGGAAACCCUCUUUUACAAAGUUUUUAAGGCCAAGUUCUUCCCCAACACUUCUCUGUUAGAAGCUAAGGAAACAAAUUCGGGAUCCUAUGCUUGGAAGAGUAUUCUUUACGGCCGUGAUGUUAUCCUUGACGGUGCUUGUUGGAGGGUGGGGAAUGGAAAGUCCAUAAAAAUAUGGCAACACCACUGGCUGCCUCGAAAACACCCAACCAAGAUCCUCUCUCCAAUGGUGGAAACAAUGGAAGAAGCCACAGUGGAUUGCUUAAUUAAUGAGGAAACAAGAACUUGGAAUGUUGCUAUGAUUGAUGGAAUUUUUGCUCCACAAGAAGCUGAGGAAAUAAAGAACAUUCCGCAGGCUAGAGAAGACUCUGAAGACUCUCUGUAUUGGCCAUGGGAGCAUGAUGGGAGGUAUAGUUGCAAAACGGGCUACCGCUUCUUGAAGGAAGAUGAAGUUGGUUUUCAAAUGCCUGUGCACCAAGAGCAUGAGGAAAGGUUAUGGAAGAAGGUUUGGGCCCUUGACUGUCCAAAUAAAAUAAAAAAUCUCAUCUGGAGAGCUAGCCGUAACUCUCUCCCUACUAAGUGCAACCUAUAUAGACGGACGGUUAUUACAGAACAUUGCUGUGACCGAUGCAAGGAAGAACCUGAAGACAUGUUGCAUGCAGUGUGGAGUUGUAAAAAACUGGAUGGGAUUUGGGGUGCAAACAGUUUGUGGAAUUUUCGGAAUCAACAAAGCUUUGCAAGUUUUAGUGAGCUUUUGGCCUGGGUCUUCGAUCAUCAAAGAAAACCGGAUCUGUUUGCUUUCAUUACCUGGUCUAUUUGGCACCAAAGGAACCAGCUUCGGACUCAACAAGCUCAUCGUCCCUUACAACAAAUUUCCCAAUGGGCACAUGACUGUUUCAGUGAGUUUCAGGCGGUGAAAGCAGCUCCAUUACCCAGUAAACAGUUGAGAAGAAUAAGAUGGAAACCUCCAGAUCAGGGAACGCUCAAAAUCAACUUUGAUGGCGCCAUCUUCACCGAGGAAAAAUGCUCCGGACUGGGAGUAGUGAUCCGCGACAGGGAGGGCCUUGUUCUGGCCUCCAUGGCAGCUCGGAUUCCACAGCAACUCCGGCCUGAGGAGAUCGAAGCUCUGGCUGCGUCCAAAGCCCUUGAGUUCGCAAGAGAGUUGGAUGUCACUGAUGCAAUCUUGGAGGGUGAUUCUCUAAUGGUGAUGUCGGCCCUGAAGCUCAAGAAUUUUGGUCUUGCUCCGUUUGGGUUGUUGUUACAAGACUCUGUAGUCUUUUCUUCAGGUUUUACAAAAUUGUCCUACUCUCACACUAAGAGAGAGGGCAACACAGUAGCACAUAAUUUGGCAAAACUAGCUUCUAAUUGUACAAGUUGUGUAAUUUGGAUGGAAGAUGUUCCAUCUGGUGUAAUGCCUUCUUACCAGGCUGACUUAGCUGGUAUUUCCUAG